GCAGCCAAGAGACCGAGGGAAGGAAGGGCAGAGCGCAGAGCUUAGGACACAGGUCUUCGGUGGAGAGGAGGAAGCAGCCCACGCGGGACAGGGCCUCCCAGGCUCUGUACGGACAGCAUGAGUUUCCCGCGAGGUUCUCACGACCGGCCCGUGGGCAACUCCAGCCCUUGGUGGCCUCUGACCGCGGAGGGCGCCAACGGCAGCCUAGAGGCAGCGGGGCUCGGGGAAAGUGGCAGCCCGCCGGGGGACGUCCGCAACGAGGAGCUGGCCAAACUGGAGAUCGCCGUGCUGGCGGUGAUUUUCGUGGUGGCCCUGCUGGGCAAUAGCAGUGUGCUGCUGGCACUGCACCGCACUCCACGCAAGACAUCCCGCAUGCACCUCUUCAUCCGACACCUCAGCCUGGCAGACCUGGCUGUCGCCUUCUUCCAAGUGUUACCGCAGCUGUGCUGGGACAUCACCUACCGCUUCCGCGGGCCCGACUGGCUGUGCCGCGUGGUGAAGCACCUGCAGGUGUUUGCCAUGUUCGCGUCGGCCUACAUGCUGGUGGUGAUGACCGCUGACCGCUACAUCGCAGUGUGCCACCCGCUCAAGACCCUGCAGCAGCCCGCGCGCCGCUCGCGCCUCAUGAUCGCCGCCUCUUGGGUGCUGAGUUUUGUACUGAGCAUACCACAGUACUUUAUCUUCUCUAUGAUCGAAAUCGAGGUAAACAACAACGGCACCAAAGCCCUAGAAUGCUGGGGUACCUUCAUCCAGCCCUGGGGUACCCGCGCCUACGUGACCUGGAUGACCAGCGGGGUCUUCGUGGCACCCGUGGUCAUCUUGGGUACCUGCUAUGGCUUUAUCUGCUACCACAUCUGGCGCAAUGUCCGCGGGAAGACAGCAUCGCGACAGAGCAAGGGCAGCAAGGGCUCUGGGGAAACCUCGGGUGCCUUCCACAAGGGGCUUCUGGUCACGCCUUGUGUCAGCAGUGUGAAGAGCAUUUCUCGUGCCAAGAUCCGCACAGUGAAGAUGACCUUUGUGAUUGUCAGCGCCUACAUCCUCUGCUGGACGCCUUUCUUCAUUGUCCAGAUGUGGUCAGUCUGGGAUGACAAUUUAAUCUGGACCGAUUCAGAAAAUCCUUCCAUCACGAUCACAGCAUUACUGGCCUCCUUGAACAGCUGCUGCAACCCGUGGAUAUACAUGUUUUUUAGUGGCCAUCUUCUGCAAGACUGUGUCCAAAGCUUCCCAUGUUGCCAAGGCAUGGCGCAGAAAUUCACCAAGGAUGACUCCAACAGCAUGAGCCGCAGACAGACUUCUUAUUCUAACAACCGAAGCCCGACCACCAGCAGUGGGACGUGGAAGGACUCCCCUAAAUCUUCCAAGUCCAUCAGGUUCAUUCCUGUCUCCACUUGAGCUAUACAUCCAUGCAGCCCGACUCUUGGGAGGGACUUCUGUGUCCAGCUAGAGAGCAUAGCAAAUGCGUUUACGUGAGAUGGACAUAAAAUCAACUCAGUGUACACAUUGUUUCUAGCUCUGUUUUUCCCAUUGCUGUGACCAAAACCUGAAUUCUUUUGCAUAGAAUAUUAAUGAAAGUGUGCUACACGGAAAUGUGUAGGCCUGGUUUGUACGCAUACUGACUUUAUAUUUUCUGGCUGAUUUUUUUUUUUAUUGUGUUUUUAUGUCUGACGUAAGUGAGGCUUUGGCUGGUUUAAGUCACGUGAUAAGCACUGUUUGUAAACAAAGUGAACUUCUUCAUGAUUUAAAGACCAGUCAUGUGAUAAGCAUUGUUUCCAAACAAAGUGAACUCAUUCAUGAUUUAAAGACCAGUGUUCCUGUCAAUCUAUAUGUCAUACAAUGUCAGCAAAAGGUAGGGAGCGGGGCUUAGAUUGAGGAUGGAAAGGAGGUAGCUUGAUACCUGGCAGCCCUUCCUUCACAGUCCUGAUAUUCUAUUAGCUCUGAAACACAUGCUCACUAACAGGCUGGAGGUUUGAGAAAACUGUGAAUAGGACAAUAAUUUGUAUGGGGGAGGGGGGUUUGCCACACUUCAUAGAGGCAUAAGAGGGAAGACUUGUACAGACAUUCUUCUGGAUAUCUUAAACAUUCAUUGACCAGCAUCAUAAGGUAUCCUGUGCUACGCCAGAUGUUGACACUUAGUACCUAUUUGGUGAAUCCAGAUUCAGAGAUUCUAAGUCUCCUAGGUAACUCCAGACAUAAGAUACUCACAACAUGUUUGAUUUAAAUCAGUUCAUUUAUUUCUUCACACUUCCCGGCCACACAACAGGUCCAGAACACAGAGGGUCCAGAGAUGUGGACAAACUGGAGACAGACAGAGAGGGUGUCUGAGUUUUGUGCCUGUUCCUUCAUGAAUGUUUGACUUUCAGAAAGAUACUUACAUAAAGCGCUGUACAAUAGGCUUGGUAACACUCACCUCACAGGGUGGUUGUAAAAAUUAAAUAAACUUAAAAUGUGUGAAGA